ACUGGAACUUGUUGUUAUGAUAAGAAAUCACUUUUUGUUUGGACUUCGUUAUGCUUGUGAUUUCACAGCAAAAAGAUACAGAGAAAACUUAUCUUAAUUUAGGACGUCAUUAAGUACCCAUUUAUGGUAAAACGUUGGACGAAGUUGGUCAACAAUGAAUCCUUUAAGCAAUGUGGAGGGGACUAAGAAGAUCAACCAGAGAGAACUGGAGCUGGGUCUGGUGGGAACCAAGAACUCCUGGCACAGCAAGUAUAAAGACAGUGCCUGGGUCUUCAUAGGAGGACUACCUUAUGAUCUGACGGAAGGAGACGUAAUUUGUGUGUUCUCCCAGUACGGGGAGGUGGUAAACAUCAACAUGGUCAGGGACAAAGGGACGGGGAAAUCCAAAGGUUUCUGCUUUUUAUGUUAUGAAGAUCAGCGCAGCACUAUACUGGCUGUAGACAACCUGAACGGAGCUAAGCUGCUGGGGAGAACGUUGCGGGUGGAUCACGUACUGAAUUACAAACCACCAAAAGAAGACGAUGACAUUGAUGAUGUUACAAAGGCGCUACGUGAGGAAGGUUGUGCUCCAAAAGUUCAAAGUUCAAGUGAUGAAGAAGAGGAGGAACUCCAGUUGACAGUGAAAAGGAAAAAAGAUGAUUCAGAAAAGAAGAAGAAAAAGAAAAAAGAAAAGAAAAAGAAGAAAGAGAAGAAGACAAAGAAAAUGAAGACGUCUGACUCAGAGUCUGUCAGCUCCUCGGAAAAAGAUGAUUCAGACAAGCAAAUUAAAAGACCAAUCAAAAUCAAGGAAGAGAAAAUCGAUUUGGGUUACGCUAAAUAUGCCAGUCAACACAAAGUGGAGCAAGAGGAACGCGAUGCACAGAGAGCUGUAAAGCGAGAGUCAGAGGGAAAAUGGACGGAUCAUAAUAGCAGCUCUAAGAGGGCUAGGUCAGGUGAAGACAUGGCUAGAGACAGCCAAAGAGACGCACGUAUCAGUAAUGGCAGAUCAGAUAGGUAUAGAGAUGUUCAAGAUAGGAAAGUUGACAGGGACCAUUAUAGUGCUGAAAGAACGAGUCACAGAGGCCGAGACCACGGCACUCGGAGAUCUAGUUCUAGAGACAGGGAUUACCCACGUGACAGGACGUCGGGGUAUCAUCCAAGAAGAUCCAGUUCCAGGGAAAGAGGGAAUUCACGAGAUCGUAACGAACGCAAAAGAGACAAAGAGUCUCAGUACAGAAAAAGAAAGUCUCGGUCUCGAGAUAGGAGCGUGUCCCGUGAACGUUAUGAUAGAGGCAAACACUCUAAAGAUAAUAGGGAUAAAGAACGGGAUAGGUCACGUGACCGUGAUAGCAGACGAUAGAUCUAAGGAAUUGCGCACGGUUUUUAGACAGACACAAUAUAUUUGUCAUGUAAUUAAUAAAGAAGUGUUUGAAAACUAUAAUUAUUUUCUUCGAGCAAAAUAAAUAUAAAACAAAGCA